GUUUCCGGUCCGUUUCAACACAACAAUCGCAAUGGCGGCAGCUGGAGAAGCUAACGGAGGAACAGGCAAACUGGAGUUCUCUCUGGAUGUUCCCUUCCCAUCAUCUCGUGAGGCCACCAUCGCUCUGCGGUCGCUCUCCCCGGACAAAGAGCCCCGGAAAGGUGGCAUAAGCAAACUGAUUACAGUGUCUGGCAGCACGCUUUCUGUGAGGUGGAGCGCUGAUGAAGCACGAAUCCUGAGAGUGUCUGUGAACUCGUUUCUCGAUCAUCUAUCCCUUGUUUUGGAGACCAUGGAGAUGUUUGGUCCACCUGUUGCCGUAUGAUGUAUAACAAGUGAUUCUGGACUCUGUUUUUGUUGCUUGGAACUAACUGAGGUCCUACAGACUGGACUGAAGUUUGAUUAAGUGAGCUAAAGUAACUGGCACCUUCGAACACAGUAAAAGGUGGUUGAUGAAGUGGAACUGAGGGGGAGAUUAUGACACUGGCUCAGUGCUCAGUUGAAUAAUUUCUACAGCUGUGAUUGAAAUAGAUUCACAGAAUGUAUCUGAUGGGGGUUUAAUCAUAAUAAUUCUUUUCAAAAAUACAAAUGUAUGAUUAUAAUAUUAGUAAGUUCAGUCUUGCUUUAUUUGGCUACAGCUUCUAGAUGCCUUUUAAUUUUGUUUUGCCGGCAAUCAUAAAGUUACCAUUUUGGACAGCUAGAAUCAUACUCUCACUGAAUGUGUAUGUGUUCAGAUGAAGACUUCUCAUUCAAACAAUGAAUUAAAAAUCUGUCCAGCUAUCACUAUGUAAACCAGUCCGAGGCUUAGACCAUCAAAUUGAUAGAACUUUAUAAAAAUGAGAACUUUUCGGCACUUGUUUUCUCACACAGUUACAUUUGAGAUAAUUUAUGUACAUGUAAAUAAAGAGUUUAUGAUUACUGAAA